GACGUCGUGUCCCUCUGCCCUUACCGCUGCUGCUGCCGCUGGAGACAUAGUGCUCGCCACUGCCGCCGCUGCCGCUGGAGACUUCGGUACCAGUGCCACCACUACCGCUACUGUCUGCACCCGGCCUCCUCCAGGUGAGGUCUCUCUCCUCUUCCCACUUCACCCGUCUCCACGACCUCCUCCUCCUCCCUGACAUCCUCCUCCUCCUCCUCCUCCUCCUCGACAUCCUCCUCCUCCUCCUAAUCUUCCUCCUCCUCCUCGACAUCCUCCCCCUCCUCCCCGACAUCCUCCUCCUCCUCGUCGUCCUCCGCCUCCUCGUCCACCUCCUCCGUGAUUUUUUUCAUUUUUUACUGAUGGAUUGUUCGAAAAAAAAACAAAAACUAAAAACAAAGAAAGGUGGACGAGGAGGAGGAGGAGGAGGAGGAGGAUGUCGAGGACGAUGUCGGGGAGAAGGGGGAGGAUGUCGAGGAGGAGGAGGACUUGGAGGAGGAGGAGGAUGUCGACGAGGAGGAGGAGGAGGAGGACGAGAAGGCGGCGGAGGAGGAGGAAGAUGUCAGGGAGAAGGGGGAGGAUGUCGACGAGGAGGAAGAUUAGGAGGAGGAGGAGGUCGGGGAGGAGAAGGAGGACGAUGUCGGGGAGGAGGGGGAGGAUGUCGAGGAGGACUCAGAGGAGGAGGAGGACGAGGAGGAGGAGGAGGAGGAGGAGGAGGAUGUCGGGGAGGAGGGGGAGGAAGUCGAGGAGGAGGAGGAAGAUUAGGAGGAGGAGGAGACGAGGAGGAGGACGAGGAGGAGGAUGAGGAGGAGGAGGAGGAGGACGACAAGGAGGAAGAGAAUGCAGCGGACCGUGAGGGGGAGGGGGAGGAGGAUAUCGAGGAGGAGGAGGAGGAAGAGGAGGAAGAGGAGGAAGAGGAGGAGGAGGAGGAUAUCGAGGAGGAGUAGGAAUAGGAGAAAAAAAAAAAAAAAAUCCAAUCGAAAAAAU